CCAUGGCCAGCUCCCCCGUGUCCCGCGUGGUCUACAACGGCAAGCGGAGCGGCGGCCCGCGCUCCCCCGGCGCCGGCAGCGAGAUCUUCACGCCGGCCCACGAGGAGAACGUGCGCUUCAUCUACGAGGCCUGGCAGUGUGUGGAGCGUGACCUGCGCAGCCAGAUGGGCUCCGAGCGCGGCCUGGUCGAGGAGUACGUGGAGAAGAUGCCGAACCCUAGCCUCAAAGCGUUUAAACCUGUCGACCUGGGUGAUCUGAAGAGGAGGAACACACAGGAUGCAAAGAAGUCCUAAGGCGGGUCCUCCCUGCAGAUCGGCUGGUCUCCUAAGGUCCUCAAGCAGAUUUAAUUUGAGAUUUUGUGUUGAUUUCCUCCUCUGGUCCGUACUCCCAAAAGCCCGCGGGAGAGCCAGUCAGCUUUGGGGCUGGCUCUGAAGCUACCUGAAAUCAAAGAUGCUCAGGGGCUCACCAAGGAUGCCCAGAGCCUGUUGCAUAGGAUUCCAGUCCCCCACUCAUAGCUUUCUCUGACCUCAAGCUGUCCUUACCCACUUCAUGCUGGGCUCGCAGAUCUCCCGUUCUCCUUCCAUCUCUGCCCUUGGCCUGUUGAGUACAUGGGCUCCCUGGGCUCUGGUGUGCAGCGGGGCAGAGCAGAGCAGCUGUGUUGUCAGUAGAGGCAGCGCUAGUUCUCCGCUCACUUCUGUGCACCAGGGAUCCACAGCUGCUGGGGCGGGCUGGGGGGAGAAGGAAGGAGAGUUGCUUCUGUCCUUCUGCCUCGGGACAGACAGGCAGCCCCAGUUCAACACCCUUUGUGCAGCUGACUGCUGGGCAGGUCACAGUCUGGCUGUUCCUUGCUCCCUUGUGGGAGGGCUUAAUUUGUACCUGGGCUGCUAGCACUUGGGACUCACAGUGCUGCCAGAGCUGGUGGGUCUGUAUCCGAGGCGGGAUUUUUCUUUGUGCUUAGAUGGGGCCAGGUGUCUGUGGUGCUGGAGCUGCUCCUCUCUCCCUGCAGAUGGAGCGAGACAGGGUGUCAGCACUGGCCCCAGCCCCAGGCGCCUGAGAGGUGCUCAGAGGGGGGUGUUGUGCUGCGUUCAGGCCCCCUGCCUCAGUACUCUGGCAGCUCCAUGGGAGGUGGCAGCAGUGGGGGGCGGCUGGUGCUGACUGUGUGGAAAGAAGCUCGUUGGCAUCCUUGCCUGAGCAGCGCCGUGCUGUUUUAUACUAACACCAUUUUCCAGACGUGCACCCUUGGAAGAGAACUGGUGGAAAUGUCACUGUGGGGGAGCUGCCAUGGUUAGUGUAACUCACACUGGGGUGGGCUUUCUUGGGACCUUCACUCCUGGCAAGGCUCAGGUGGUUUCUGCAUCAUCGCCUCUGAGUGAGGGAGAGCGACUGUGCCAUCCUCGCCUGUUUGAGCAGAGCAGCCGUGCCAGCUGGGGGGCUGCUCUGUGCCCCCAGAAGACCGUGGGGAGUGGCGGGGGCAGCCCCCUGCCUGCCUGUGCUCCGAGCCGGCGGGGGGGGGGCUGCCGGGGGCUCUGCC